AUGGCGCGCGAAUCGAUCGAUGCGACGAUCGAAACGAUCGCGCGGGCGAUGACGACGACAGCGGCGAGCUCGUCGUCGACGUCGUUUUUAGGACGCGAUGCGGAGUGGCCGGCGAUGGAGGGCGCGUCGUUGAUCAACAGAGCGAUCUUUCAAGCGCCCGCGCCGUCGUACACGGCGCGGAGGCACCCGUGGAGUCCGGCGCAUUUGGUCGCGGUGCGCUCGGGGAAGGAUUACGACUUCCCGUGCGUGUGGGUUCCGUGUCGACGAACUGCGGCGGAACGGGUGGUGAUACACUGUCACGCGAAUGCGUGUGAUAUCGGGCACAUACAUUCGUUGUGCGCUCGAGACGCGGAGUGUUGGAGGGCGCACGUGUUGUUGGUGGAGUAUCCGGGGUACGGCGCGGCGAGCGGGACGGCGUACGAGAGAUCGGUCGAUCGACACGUCGCGGCGGCGUAUGCGUACGUCACGGAAGAGUGUGGGUACAAGCCAAAGGAUGUGUUCGUUCUCGGGCGAUCGCUCGGGUCGGGACCGGCGACGAAACUCGCGGCGGCGGUGGAGAGUUUGUACGGGAAGGAACUCGGUGGCGUCAUCCUCCACUCGCCCUUCACCAGCGUCAAGGAGGUGGGUUUGUUCCUGCUGGGGAAUAUUGCGCACGUGAUGACGGAUAGAUGGGAUAAUCGAGAGUGGGUGCAGAGGUACAAGGCGAAGACGCUCAUCGUGCACGCGGUCGAGGAUGAGGUUGUGCCGUUUGAGCACGCCAAAAUUCUCGAGGAAAAGCGCCGCGAGCUCAAUUUACACUGUAGAUUGCACUCCACGCACGGCACGCACAACUAUUUCUCGUACUAUCGAGACUAUUUGCAGCCGAUCCUGGAUUUCAUCGAGUCCACGGUGAAACCCGGAGGUGUUCCGUAUAAGGUGGCGCCGCUGCCCGAUCCGAUUCCGCGCGCCGGCUUUUCCGAGGCGCAAGUGCGGAACAUCAUGUCACUCGUCAAGGCUCAAGCACCACCCGGGGAUUCUGAGCAAGAUUCCGUGGGAUUACGAUUCUACGGUAUGGUGGACGCCAUGGGCGAGACCAUAUCUCCCAGAGAAGGCGGAUCUCUGGACUCCAAGAAGGGUUUCGCCCGCUUUGGCUCAAACUCCAGUCUCAGCGCGGCGGGUUCGGCGGCGACGACCCCGCAGAAUAAAAGAUCUAUCUCGCCCAACAGCACCAUCGACGGAAACACGGACGUGCAAGAGGUCACUCCUGAAGAUGUGAUGAUAUUGACGCCCGGAGGCUCGAAACCAAGGUUUCUUCACGCUUGA